GGGGGGUGGGCGACAAACCAUUUCCUUUUUUCCAUUUUGCAUCAUCACUUUUGAUGCGAAUACCAAACCAUCCCAGAUUAGGAUUAGGAUUAGAGUGAGCAGACCUGGAGGAGGAGGAUGCUACAGGAACUCUGCGCGCAGGGUUUAGCAGAGUUUAGCAGAGUUUGAAGUUAUAACCCCCCCCUCCGCCCCCCGGGGUAAUCUGGAAUGUAGCCUGGACUGUCAUCAUGGAAGUAUUUCCUAGGGAACACAGCGAUGCCCUCCACUUGGAUUUGGAGGUAAUCUGAGGCCGUUUCGGGGAGACGGGGAGAGUUUUUCUUCUUCCAGAUGUCUGAUGACCACAUUCACACCCCGGCGACCAGGAAACCACCGCUUCUCUUCACCUCUUUGGACCAAACGCUUAUUUCUAAAACUUUAUUCUCCGUUCCCUUCUGAUUGUGUUCCCUGGAAGAAGGAAAAAGAAAAUCCCUCUUCAUGCUGGAAUAACGAGUCGUCGACGUUAUUCUGAGUGAAGGGAGCCGUUUUGAUGAAUAAGACUCGGACCCGAUCGUGACAUGAUGUGAUUCGGGCGAAGUCGUCGGAAAGGUCGCAAGGGAAGCCCCGAUGAGCUGCACACAGUCCACGCUCACCGACAGGACCCCGAGCAUUCUCAACAAGGAGCCCACGGACAAGAAACCCAAGAAUGAGAAAUCCUCCGUCGCACUCAAACAUGAGUUUGACCCGACCGGUCUGGUGCAGCGCUGUGUGAUAAUCCAGAGAGAUGAAAACGGCUUUGGGCUGACUGUCAGUGGAGACAACCCAGUGUUUGUGCAGCUGGUGAAGGAAGAUGGAGCUGCGAUGCGAGCCGGCGUUCAGACAGGAGACCGGAUCAUUAAGGUUAACGGGACCUUGGUCACACAUUCAAACCACGUCGAGGUUGUGAUGCUGAUUAAAUCGGGCUCCUAUGUCGCGCUGACGGUGCUGGGGAGGCCUCCGGGGCUCCCCCACAUCCCCCCGGAGGAGGACGAGGAGAAAGAGAAGGUCCGCCCGCCUUCCUCCCCGUCAUCGGCCCUCUCGCCUGCGCCGCCGGGCGGAGAGCCCGCCGCCUGCUCGCCGGCUGACGGGGUGAGGAAGCAGAAAGAACGCGAGGAUGAGAACAAAACCACGCAGAGCCGAACAGCUGAGAACCUGCAGAAGAUGCUAACGGAUGAGCAGCAGGAGCUACAGACCAAGGAGGAGGACUACAGCAGAAACCCUCGGCCCAAACUACUGAAGGAGGUGCAGGAGGCCAAGAAGCACAUUUCCCGGCUGCAGGAGCAGCUCAGCGAAGCAGCGUCACAGUGCAGAGCCUCGGGGAGCAGGAACAGUGACGCUGAGGACGGGGACGUCGGCCCCCCCGCGAGGGAACAGACCCCGACCUCACAGGGCCACAGGAGCCCCGCCGGGCCCCCCAGCACCAAUAACGCUAUGCAAAGCAGCCCCCCCACGGAGGCUAAAAGAGAGACGCCCUGUCAAAGCCCGGACGUCAGCCGGCGGGACGGCCUCCACCUCUGCCCCUCGCCCGACGCCGAGGACCCCGCUGACACUGACUCUGGUGCCCAGUGCAUUGUGGGUAGCCCUCCAUACCUCCUCAACCCCCAGAUCAUCGGAGCAGAAGAUGACUACUUUGACUCUCAGCAGGAACAGAUCGAUGGACCCUGCAGCUGUUUCCAGAGCAUCGACUCGCUCAAGUCUCGUCCGGCUCACCUCGCCGUCUUCCUCCAUCACGUGGUCUCUCAGUUUGACCCGGCGCCCCUGCUGUGUUAUCUCUACGCCGACGUGCACAAGCAGACCAGCUCCAGAGAGAGCCGCCGCUUCUUCGCCGAGUUCCACUCGCUCUUCGUGGACCGAGCGGCUAAUCUUAAAGUACCGGUGCCGGAGGCCGUUGCCGCCGAAUUAGAGAAGCGGCGGCCGGAGUUAAUCCCGGAGGAGCUCUGCAGGCAGCACAUCCAGACGGUGCAGGACACGCUGAUCCCAGAGCUGCUCAAGAACCUGGAGGACUUCAGGCAGAAGCGCAGCAUGGGUCUGACGCUGGCCGAGGACCAGCUGUCCAAGCUGGGCCCGGAGGGAGGAAAGGACCAGCAGGCCCUGGAGAGGGAAUGCUCCUGUGCAGAACACAUCCUCUCCAAGAUCGACGACAUCCUGUUCUCCUCGUAUCCCACCGAAGAGGACAAGUGCCAAACCAUGCAGCAUGUGAUCCUCACCUACAUGAAGCACCUCGGGGUGAAGGUGAAGGAGCCUCGAGGCCUCGAACACAAGCGGGCGCGCAUCAACUUCCUGCCCAAGAUUAUGAAGAGCAUCAAGCCCGAGAAAGAGGGCGAGGAGAAGGUGAAGAAGCCUCUGUUCUCCAACAUCCUGGGCCCCCCCCGGCGUCUCAGCCGAGUGGACUCCACUUCAGUCGGUAAGGCCGUGGAGCUGAACAAGCAGCGCUCCCCGAAGCAGCUUCCCCACCCGACCGCCGGCAUCCCCGAGCAGCCCGACUCCUCCGGCUCGGCUCGGCCCCGCGGGGCUCCGCCCGGCACCUCGGGAUCGGACGCCGCCGCGCCGCCUCUGGCCGCCGGCAGCGGCUCCUCCCCGCCGCUGAGCUCCGCCUCCGGUCAGGCCUCAGACACCAGCGGACCGGACUCGGACUCCAACGUGUCUCCGUUCUGCGUCCAGCCCAGAGUGGGCGAGGGUCCGCAGGCCAGAGACCCCCAGGAGCCCGUCUCCAGUCCCACCGGCACCCAGUUCGACUUCAGCCCCUCCAACCUGGAGCACUUGCAGGAGGAGGACCAGGAGGCCUUCAGGAUGGAGCUGCAGAGCUCGGUGAGUCCGGCCGAGCUGCAGAGCGAGGACGACCAGGCUUCGGGGGCGACGGAGCGGGAGGAAAACCCUCUGACCUGGCAGAGUCUGGUCAGCCGAGGCGUCCUGGCGAGCUUGACGCUGCAGGAGAUCAAGCGGCAGGAAGUCAUCAACGAGCUCUUCUACACGGAGCGGGCGCACCUGAGGAUGCUGAAGGUGUUGGACGGCGUCUUCUGCCAGCGGUUGACCAGAGACGGCGUCCUCCCUCCAGAGGACAUCAAGCACAUCUUCAGGAACCUGGAGGAAAUCAUUCAGCUGCACGUUUCUGUGACGGAACAAAUGACAGCGAUCCGGAAGCGGAGCGAGACGUCGGUGAUCGGUCAGAUCGGCGAUGACCUGCUGUCGUGGUUCAGCGGGGAGGAAGAGGAGAAAAUAAAACGGGCGGUGGGAACUUUCUGUAGCAACCAGCCGUCCGCUCUGGAGCUCAUCAAGAGCCGGCAGAAGAAGGACCAGCGCUUCACCUCAUUCGUGCAGGAGGCUGAGAGCAACCGUCUGUGUCGCAGGCUGCAGCUCAAAGACAUUAUUCCUGUGGAAAUGCAGAGAGUCACCAAGUACCCGCUGCUGCUGGACAACAUCGCCAAGUACACCGGAGACGGAGAAGAGCGGCAAAAGGUGAAGAGGGCUGCCGAAUGCUGCAAAAAGAUCCUCAACCACGUGAACCAGGCGGUCAAAGAGGCCGAGAACAAACAGAGGCUGGAGGAGUAUCAGAAGAGGUUAGACCUCUCGUCGCUCAAGCAGAGUGAGAACCCCAUGAUCCUGGAGCUGAGGAACCUGGACCUGACCAAGAGGAAGAUGGUGCAUGAGGGACCUCUGUCCUGGAAGGUCAACAAGGAAAAGACCAUUGAGCUGUACACCAUCCUCCUGGAGGACAUCCUGGUCUUGCUGCAGAAGCAGGACGAGCGCCUGGUCCUCAAGUUUCACGGGAAGAAUCCGGCCGUCUCCGCCGACACCAAACACAUCUUCAGCCCCGUCAUCAAGCUCAACACGGUGCUGGUCCGACCCGUCGCGACCGGUAGGAGCCGGAAAAACGAAUCUUUCUUCGUGCUGUCCAUGUCGGACAACGGGGCUCAGAUCUACGAGCUGAUGGCUCAGACGGUGUCCGAUCAGAGAGCGUGGCAGCGCCUGAUCACGCAAGGCGCCGACGCCAUGAAGGCCCAGUCUGGCCACAGAGACGUCACGCCUCCGGCUCGGUCGCAAGCUGAGCGCGACGCCUUUGAAAUGAUCAAACGCGGGAUGCCCAAAGCGAGCAAAGAUCCCAACGACACAUCAAGUGAAAGCCUUCAUUCCUCAGAUGCCGCCUGUUCUCCGGACAUUCAAGCGCCGCCGGGUGUCAACCCGUUCGACGGCAUGAAAUCCGAGGACGAGGAUGAGGAAGAGGAGCUAGUCGCAGCAGACAGACGGGAGGAUGCUGAGGAGGAAGUGGAGGAGGAGGCGGCGACGGAGGAAGAAGAAGAAGAAGUAGAAGAAGAAGAAGAAGAGGUGGAUGAAACGGAGCUGGAAGCCUUCCUGGACGGGCAGCUGGCGGACGCACUGCCCUUCCUGCAGGAAGCGCCGCCUCCGGGCGUCGCCGCUGAAAACCUCGAGCGCGGCGCAUCGGGAACGCUCUCCUCUAAAGGCGAAGAGGCUCUCAGGACGCUGGCGAUGCUGAAGCAGGCUCUUUUCAGCCACAUCAGCACGGAGGCGGAGGAGGAGACAGAGGGGGUCCACGAGGCCGUGGUCCCCGAGAGGCCUCCUCAGGGACGAGCGUCCACGAGUUCACAUCGAGAAGACCCUCGGCCCCCGGCAGGACUCGCAGAGCUGCCUCAGACGCCUGAACACAACGGAGGCUUUGUGGUUCUGGACUUUGGGGGGGGCUCCGAGAGCAGCACCGAUGACGACGGGGGGGUCGGCGGCGACGUCGGCAUCGACAUGAGAAGGCUGCUGUCCUUCUCCUCGCAGGCGGGGGCGCGAGGGCCCAACCUCAGCAGGCAGCUCAGGACCCACCUGCGCCUCCUGCAGGCCGACCUGCAGUACCUGAAGGAAGUGGAGAUGAAGUACAACGAGCUGCGACACACACACGGCGAGACCGCCACCGACUCCGAUGACCACAGCGAUGCGAUUCAGUGA